UAUAUACUUUUCCGGAGGUCUACGCCACUUGGACAGCCCCCAACCCUCUCAAUCCUUUCUUCCAGGUAAUUAUGGAGCAAUAUAACCGUUGUUUCCUGCUAUUACAAACAAUACCCACUUGCUUUUUUAGUGAUAUUUUGAGUUUAAGGAAGUAAAAUAGCAAUAGAAUCAGAGAUCUCGAAUAAUUCUCUCUGUUCAUGGAUGAAGAAAGGAGCUCCAGCUUUGCUUGAGAUUAGUCUCAUCCAAUCAUCUUCUCCGUCAAUCCAUAAGGUUCUACAGGUUUAGUUCUUCAAAUUGAAUGCAGAAAUAUUAUAUAGUGGAUGGGGGUUUUGACUUUUUAAUCUGAAGUUAAUGUUUUGGGGUUAGAUUCCUUUCUUCCCUUAUUUCUUGGCAGCAAGUUUCAUUUGGUUGCUAAUUGACUUAUUGGGUAUUUUGUGAGUGAUAAUUUGGACUUUCUGAUUUGAGUUGAUGGGCAUUGCACACAGCUUUCUAAAAUGAGGUUGCCAAAUUGAAGUUUCAGUUCUUUAGGUGCUCAAAAGAAAUCAUAGAAGGAAAGAAUGGUUUUGACUAAGAAUGGCGAAAAUAAUAGUGGAACUGAGGAAUCUAAUGGUGCUAAAGUCGAGGGUCCUAUUCCUAUUCACAUCUCAGCGUCUCAAAGGGGACUAAUAAGUGGUGAAAACCCUCAAAAUCAGUUCCAUGAUGGUUUCUCUGCUCUUCCCAAGAGAAUGAGGUCCCUCAAAUUUGGUUCUUUGGCUUCCCCAUCUGCAAAAUUUCAUCGGAUUGCUGAAGAAAAGGAUGAGAUUUCACGCACUGUACCUUCUUCCACAAGUCAUCAUUUGCAUGAACGUUUUAAUAGAGUCUUCAGUCGGAAAAUUGAUUGGACCUCCCUUUGGAAAAUCAGCAAGGAAUGGUUAAGGGACCCAAUGAACAUGGCUCUAUUCAUCUGGAUCACUUGUGUUGCUGUUUCAGGAGCAAUUUUAUUCCUUGUCAUGGUCGGAAUGUUAAACCAUGCCCUGCCAAAAAGGUCCCAAAGAGAUGCUUGGUUUGAAGUUAGUAAUCAAAUCCUUAAUGCGCUGUUUACUCUUAUGUGUUUAUACCAGCACCCAAAGCGAAUUUAUCACCUAGUACUUCUGUUGAGAUGGAGGCCCGAAGACAUUACCAAACUCAGAAAAAUUUACUGCAAGAAUGGGACUUAUAAGCCCCAUGAAUGGGCACACAUGAUGGUGGUUGUUCUUCUACUCCACAUUAACUGUUUCGCGCAAUAUGCUUUGUGCGGCCUUAAUUUGGGAUUCAAGAGAUCAGAGCGACCCGCAAUUGGAGUUGGAAUAUCUGUAUCUGUUGCAAUUGCUGCACCUGCAAUUGCUGGUGUCUACUCAAUUACUAGUCCCCUUGGGAGAGAGUAUGAUUCUGAAUUGGAUGAAGAAGCACAAGUUCAGAUUACUGCCGCGGAAACCAGCAGACCAAGCCAGUUAAGGGUGAAAUCAUUAGAGAAGAGAUUCUCCUUUGCAAUCAGGGAUGAGGGGAGGAUUGUGGAGAGUAGACCAAAGUGGAGUGGUGGAAUACUUGAUAUUUGGGAUGAUAUCUCUCUAGCUUAUCUCUCAUUAUUUUGUAGUUUCUGUGUUUUUGGGUGGAAUAUGGAGAGACUUGGGUUUGGGAACAUGUAUGUUCACAUUGCAACUUUUCUUCUGUUUUGUAUUGCCCCCUUUUGGAUUUUCAAUUUGGCUGCCAUUAACAUUAAUAAUGAGGCUGUCAGGGAGUUAUUGGGGGUUUCUGGGAUUUUCCUCUGCAUAUUUGGUUUGCUCUAUGGUGGCUUUUGGAGGAUUCAAAUGAGGAAGAGAUUCAAUUUGCCCCCAUAUAGUUUCUGUUGUGGUAAAUCAGCUGUUACUGAUUGUGCAUUAUGGCUUUUCUGCUGUUGGUGUUCGCUUGCUCAGGAAGUGCGGACUGGGAAUUCCUAUGAUAUUGUGGAGGAUAAGUUUUGCAUGAAACAAGUGGAUGACCUUGGCCAGUCACCAAUGAUGCCUUUGCCUCGUGAAGAUGGAGAACUACAGUAUAGGUCUGGCACAAGUUCUCCUCUUGGGAACAAUUCCCCUCCAUCCCAGAUUAUGAAAGCUAACUCUCCAAGUCUCAGUAGUUUUUUGAAUGAAUAUUCUAGUCCAGGUAGGCAGCUUUCUUCAGUCGAAGAAGAAUCUUCUAAGAGAGGUGAGGAUGAAACUAUGACCCCACCUGCUCCUUCAUUUAUACAAAGAGGAGCAAAUUAGCAAAAACCAAUUUUGAAAUGGUGUCAUGGUUUGUAAUAUGAAAUGAUUCAGAGAAAAGAUGUCAAUGUUAUACAUCAUAUUUAUUUUCAGUGUACUUACUGUGUGUAUACUUCAAGAUUCGAUCUUAUUUAUCUGGCUUGUGAAGAUUAUACUCAGACACUAGUUUCCAUGUAAUAUUGUCGUUUUUAUUUCCAUUUGGAUUCAUUGUUGUGUUAAUGCUUUAUUGACAGUUGUGUUAUUAGGUUAGUUAUAUAGAAUCAAAUAUGAUGUGCCUGUUAAUCUUUUAUUUGUCUCAUUCAUUUAAGUUAGCAGGAUCCUGAUUGUUGAUUUAUUCGUUUCUUCUUGAAUCACUAUCAAGAGGCUAUCAGAUCUCCCCAUGAUAUUGUUCUGUAAAAUGCUUUCUUGAGGAUUUACUUCUAUAUCAGAAAGACAACUGCAGGGGCUUCUGGUGGUGAAUGACUGUGUUGGACUUUUACAACCUCUCGCUUUCAUAUGAACAUAAAAAAAAAAAAAAAAAAAACCCAGCCCUAAAGGUAGUUUUCACUCUUAGUUUGAGAUUAAUUGGACAGUAAUGCUCUCCUAAUCAAUUAUCUGGCGUAUUCUUUGUUCUUUUGUAAUUUCAGUCUUAAGAUACAGCAGUGAAUCAGUCUAUUAUACCGGUCAAACCAAUUGAAAAGCACUAGAAGCCUGGCGGAAAAUUCAUAGGAAAUCAGAUUCCUAUGCUCCGCCAUUUUUCAAUCUGUUGGGUGAGCCUGUGCCGUCCUUCACAGAAUGGGCUAUAUAAUGAAGAAUGAAGGCUGUCCUUCGGAUACCUCUAGUUGUCCAAGUUCCCACCAGAAUGAAGGCAAGGUCAGAUGUAUAACUACCUUCAGACUUUUCCAGCUGGGGUAAGCGGCACCUUAUAGAAAUCGUGCAGUUGAAGAAGCCAUUACUGAUUCUAUCUGAGGAAUCUUGACUUGGAUUAAGCAUCGGAUGUCAGCUUUUAGUAUUUGUAAGUUCUUUUGAUUGUGAUGAGAAGGCCGUUCCUAACUACAGCAUUUUCCAUUAGGAAAUACUAGCGAGUUAAUUUUACUACUAUUCUGCUAUUUAGAAUUAGUUCGGUUUAGUUAUUGAUUCAAGAACUCAAAUAUUAUUCUUAUGUUCAUUUUGCUAACUAUUAAUUAGUUUCUUUUGGGGCUGCCU